AUGUCUCAACAAAUACCAACACUUAAAUUACUAUUGAUUGGCAACUCAAAUGUAGGCAAAAGUUCUUUACUCUUGCGUUUUACAGAUGACACUUUUUUACCUCAAGAAGAAGUGUCUGCUACUAUUGGUGUUGAUUUCAAAGUGAGCAUGAUGGAAGUGAAUGGGACAAUGUACAAGUUAACUAUUUGGGAUACAGCAGGACAAGAACGAUUCAGAACCUUGACUUCCUCUUAUUAUCGAGGUGCUCAAGGUGUGAUUUUAGUCUAUGAUGUCAGUAAUCGAGAUACAUUCGAUGCAUUAAGUACUUGGUGGAAUGAAGUCAAUACGUAUUGUUCUAGUCCUGAUGUGGUAAAGAUGAUUGUAGGGAACAAAGUAGACAAGGCAUCCGCUCGAGUGGUCAGUUAUGAAGAAGGUGCUCAGUUUGCUCGUAAACUAUCUACUCUGUUUGUUGAAUGUAGUGCAAAGACAAAAGUAGGUGUGAAGCAAGCAUUUGAAGAAUUGGUUGAGAAGAUUAUUGAAACCCCUUCUUUAUGGCGAAAAGACGCAGCACCUAAUUCAACUGUGUCCAUGACGGAAGACAAAAACCCUUCCAAUGAUUACUGCGCUUGUUAA